AUGAUUGAGGGAAAUUAUGUGGCUGUGAAGCCUUGGGAUCAAGAGUUUAGAUCAAGUGAAAACUGUUUUGGAGCAACUUUAGUGUGGAUUAGAAUUUCUGGAUUACCAAUUUGGUGCUACCAAGAAGAUGCAAUGCUCCGUGUUGCGGCUGCAGUUGGCAUUCCCGUUAAGGUUGAUUUGGCAACAAAAUUAGCUGAAAGAGGACGAUAUGCUCGAGCCUGUGUUCAGAUAUAUUUAGGAUUGCCAGUGACUAAGAAGAUUCUUGUUGAAGGUGUUGAAUAUGAGGUUGAAUAUGAAAGUAUUCACCUUAUUUGUGGCUCCUGUCUCAAGUUUGGUCAUGAUAUGAAGGUGUGCAAGACUGACAGCAAUGUAGGAGGAGGAACUAAUGCCAAGGUGAUCAGCGAUGUAGCAAAACAGCCAGAAAGCUCAAAUUCAAAAAAUAAUGUUACUGUCCCGGAUUUGGUGGAGAGUGAUUUGCAUGUUGUUCAUGUAGACCAUGCACAACAUGAGGAUUUGGAAGGUUGGACUCAAGUGAUUAGGAAAGGAAAGUAUAAAAUGGGUCAAAAGCCUUCUCCUAGUACCCAUCAGGUCCAACCAAAAGCAAAGAAGACUCCUAACAAGGCUACCAGUACUUGGACAAGGCCUAACCACCAACGUACAACACAUGCUACUGGAUCCAAAGUAAAAUUAAGCAGGGGCAUCAAUAUUGGAAAAUCGGUUAGUGUGGCUUCUUCGGGGACUCGGCACAAUGUUCAUCAUCAGCAGCAAUAUGAGACAACAAAUGGCACUGUGCGAAAGCGUCCUCGCCCAAACUCUUUGCAGAAUUCACCAGUAGAUAAGGAUGGAGCAUCGACGGCAGCCUGGAAUGUGAGGGGUGCGUCUAACAAGAUGGCCCGUGUGCAUUGCAAAAAUUUGUUGGGUUUUCAUUGUGUUGGUAUUGAGGAAGCAGUAGGACACAGGGGUGGCAUUUGGUUUCUAUCUUCUAUUGCUAAUGCUUCUUGUGUGGUUAUUGAUCAAAUUGACCAAUGUAUCACAGUGAAAGUGAGUGUGGGCCAUAAUAGACCAUGGAUGGCCAUUGGUGAUUUUAAUGAGAUUGUGGCACCAGAUGAGAGUACAGGUGCUUAUUUUUCUUCUCACAGAGCUAGUCUAUUAGCUACUACUCUAGAUGACUGUGAGCUCUUUGAUCUUAAAGUGACUGGUAGGAGAUAUACUUGGUAUAGAGCAGUUCAGGCUAGCAGGGACUUGGCUAAAAGAUUGGAUAGAGCUCUAGUUAAUGAGGUGUGGAUGUCAAUGUUUCCUGAGGGUUAUUCUGAAAUUCUUAGCAGGCUUCAUUCUGAUCAUUGUCCUAUUUUAGUUCGUUGUCAUGGUAGCCCCAGAGUGAAAGGUUCUCGUCCUUUUAGGUUCCAAGCUGCGUGGGCAACACAUCCUUCUUAUAAACAUGUUAUUAGUAAGGCUUGGAAUCAAGAGUUUGGAGGUGUUACUGAAAGGCUUAAGAUGGUUCAACAGGCUUCUUUGGACUUCAACUCAAAGAUUUUUGGAAAUAUUUUUGUGCGAAAAAAUAAGCUGGAAUAUCAUAUUGAUCAGAUUCAACGGCGUUUGGAGGUUACCGAUGUGUUAUCUCUGAGAAUUAAAGAAGCUGAACUGAGAAAAGAUUAUAAUAGGCUUUUAUUGCAAGAGGAACUUUUUUGGUACCAGAAAUCUAGAGAGCAGUGGGUCAAGUAUGGGGAUAGAAACACUAAAUUCUUUCAUCUUCAGACUUUGGUGCGUAGAAACCAUAAUAGAGUACAUGGAUUAUAUGUUAGAGAUGGGUCUUGGUCUACUGAUCCAGAUAUUCUCCAGGAAGAAGCCCUCUCUUUUUACAAGAAUCUCUUUGGUACAACGGAAGAGGUUGAGGUUGAUUGUUUAGGGGAUGUUCCGAUGCCCACUCUAAGCACUGAGGCUUGUGCUAGGUUAAUUGACCCUGUCUCUUUUGCGGAAGUCAAGUCAGCAGUAUUCAGUAUGAGCCCUUUUAAGGCUCCUGGUCCAGAUGGCUUUCAAGCUUAUUUUUUUAAAGAAUAUUGGGAGAUAGUAGGCACUGAGAUUUGGAAUAUUGUCCGGAGCGCUUUUUUGGGAGAGUUCUUAAAUCCUAGCAUCAUGGAAACUCUAAUUGUGCUUAUUCCUAAAAUUGAUAAUCCUACCUUUAUGAAGGAUUUCAGGCCUAUUAGCUUGUGUAAUGUUGUUUAUAAAAUUAUCACCAAAGUAUUGACUAACCGACUUCGGCCUUUUCUUCCAGAUAUUGUUAGUCCUUUACAAGGAGGUUUUAUUCCGGGUCGUGGUGCUCCUGAUAAUAUUAUUGUGGCCCAAGAAAUUUUGAAUUUCAUGAAGCACACAAAAUCCAAGAAAGGUACUCUUGCUUUUAAAAUUGAUCUUGAAAAAGCUUAUGAUAGGGUGAAUUGGAGGUUUUUGGAGAGUACUCUCAUUGCUUUUGGUUUUCCUAUCAUCACUGUUAAUUUGAUUAUGACUUGUGUCCGUGCAUCCUCUCUUUCUAUUAUGUGGAAUGGGAAUAGAUUGGAUAGUUUUGCUCCUAGAAGGGGGCUUAGACAGGGCGAUCCAAUGUCUCCUUACUUAUUUAUGCUUUGUAUGAAAAGACUUGCCUGCUAUAUAUCUCAUAAGGUGGUUGAGGGUGUGUGGAAACCAGUUUCUGUCACUAGGGGUGGCCCAAAAUUUUCUCAUUUGAUGUUUGCAGAUGAUCUCUUACUCUUCUGCCAGGCUACAAAAAGUCAGGUCCAAAUGGUCAUGCAUUCUCUUAACAUUUUUUGCAAGGCAUCUGGCAUGAAAGUGAAUCUUGAAAAGUCUAAAGCUUUUUGUUCUAAAAAUGUGACUGCUCGUAGAAGAGAUAUUUUUACUAGUGUUUCUUCAAUACGUUUUGCUUUGGACUUAGGAAGAUAUCUUGGAGUUAACCUUAAUCAUUCCCGUACCAGUAGGGCUUCUUUUCAUUCGGUGAUUGAAAAGGUGAGGGGAAGAUUAGCUAAUUGGAAAGGAAGGCUUCUAAAUAAAGCAGGGAGACUUUGCCUUAUCAAUUCUGUUGCAGCAUCCAUUCCUGUCUAUCAUAUGCAGUUCCUUUGGAAGGGUCAAGUUGAUGGUAGAGGUCUUUCUCUUGUUAAUUGGAGGACCGUGAUCACUCCAAAAAAAUUUGGUGGCCUAGGUGUUAGAGACACUGCGUGUGUUAAUAUAUCUUUACUUGGUAAAUUGGUGUGGCAACUUUUUCAUUGUCAGGACAAGCCUUGGGUUGCUCUAUUGAGGGCGAAGUAUCUGAGGAAUGAGGGAGUUUUAGAUGGCCCUGUCCCUUGCAAUGCUUCUCAUGUUUGGAAGAGUAUCUCAAAGGCUUUUGGUGCUCUUAAGGAUGCCUUCUCUUGGUGCGUUGGGUCAUUUGAUCAAUCUUUUUGGUUUAACAAUUGGAGUAUUGAGGGCCCAAUUGCUCAAGAUGUCCCUUUUGUACAUAUAUCUGACUCUGAUUUAACUAUUAGAGACGUUUGGAAAGAUGGUCAAUGGAAUCUCCAUGAUAUUUUCUCUAUCAUUCCAGAAGAUGUCAAACAGUGUUUGAAUGCUUAUAAUCCGGAUUUGAAUGCUGGAGAGAGUUCGGGUUGGUCGUGGGGUGUGGCAUCUUCUAGACUCUACUCAGCUAGGAGUGGGUACAGUUGGCUAGCCAAAAGAAAGUUUGACUGGAAUGAGCAUGAUAAUUGGUUGUGGGUAUGGUGUCUGCAUAUUCCUGAGAAGUAUAAGUUCUUGAUUUGGCUCAGUCUCCAUAAUGCUAUUCCUACGGCAGAGUUUCAUUUGGGUCGUGGUUUAGCUUUAUCUAGCACCUGUCAUUGGUGUCAGAAUGGUUCUGAAUCCAUUCUUCAUUGUCUUCGGGAGUGCCCUAGUUCCAAGGAGGUCUGGACCCUUUUAGGCCUGUAUUCAGAUAACUCGAAUUUACAUGAUUGGCUCUACAGAGGUGCAAGGAGUGGAGAUGCUUUUCUUUUCUUUUCGACCAUCUGGUGGAUUUGGAGAAGCAGGAAUCAUGACUUAUUUAAUAUAGAUGAUUCAUGGAGUGCUAGUAAAGUGGUGAGUUUGAUUCGUAGUUCAGUAAGGGAGUUUCACACUAUUUUUACUAUGCAUCAAUCUCUGUCUCCUCCUUCAUUUUGUUUGCAUUGGGUUCCACCUCCAGUUCAUUCUGUUAAAUUGAAUUGUGAUGCUAGUUGGUUUGCUCCUUCUGGCUAUGCUGGUUUUGGUUGUAUUAUUCGCAAUCCUGAUGGAUGUUGGUUGAAAGGUUGCACUGGAAAAGUCGAAGUGUGCAGUGUUCUUUUUGCUGAAUUGUAUGCAAUUUGGAGAGGUUUACUUCUUGCUUGGGAGAGUGGAUUUCGUGAGGUUAUUUGUGAAACAGACUGUUUAGAAGCUCUUUUCUUGGUAAACCAAAGAAUGCUUAGUAAGGAUAUUCCGGAAUGGGAUUUGGCAAAGCAUAUUCAGGAGGUUAUGAAUUGGAAUUGGAGAGUCUCUAUUCUUUUAAUUCAAAGGACUGCAAAUAGUGUUGCAGAUUGUAUGGCUAAAGCAGCUGCUUCUGUCGCAGACAUUCACUCGAAUUGGAGCCAACCAUGGAGUGAGCUUCAACAUCUAAUAGAUUUAGAUAUGACCCUAGCCAAUUAA